UACGGUGUCGAGAAUCGAUUUGUUAGAGUGCGUUUAAACUAGCUGAGCAAAUACAAUCAUUUGUCCAGAUUAAUUAGACGCAAUUAAAUCUGACUCGAUUUAAUUGGAUACCAUUGAUAACACGAUUCAAUUUAGUACAAUUCAAUUCCAUGCAAUUUAAUUUGGCGCGACUCAAAUUAAAAUGAUUUAAUUCGAUGCAUGCGCAGAACGUAUAAAAACUCGUAUGAUGCAUAUGAUUUCACGUUGAACGGAGUAUAGCUUCAAGUGACGUUUUGCGUGUCAGAGAAUAAUAACAAAAUAAUUAUAUAAACAGUUAACAUGCCGUCGGCAAACGACGAUGACCCUUAUGCACAUGCAGCUAAGGGGCCCUUAAAGUUAAAAAGUGAUCAAGGUGUAAUUAAAAAGAAGAAAAACAAAGAAGGCAAAAAGAAAAAGUUGGUGGAAGUAACAAAAGUUUUGGAAGAAGAAAAAUCUAAGUCUGUGGAAGUUAAACGAACAAAAGCGGAAAUAGCUUUUCAGAAGAUGCAGGAAAAAAUGCAAACUGAAAGAAUAAAACAAAAGGCCUCAAUGACACAUAAACAACGGGUAGAAGAAUUCAAUAGACAUCUGGAUAGUUUAACAGAACACUUUGACAUACCUAAAGUUAGCUGGACAAAAUAAAUGUUUUGCACAUUUG